UAUUUGUUUUGGUGAGAACCGCUUUACGUUAGAUUCUAGAAUAGAAUAAAAAAAUAAAAUAUUUCCUGAUUUCUAUGUCUCAAAUUCUCAAUGAGAUAAUUAACACUAUUAUUUUCCCUACCUAGCUAUUAAUUACUCUAAUAGGAGGAUAAGAGAAACUGUUAGACGACUGUAAUGGUGAUGUAAUGCAUCAUUGCAUUUAUUAUUCAACAUUCUUAUUAUAUUGAACAGUUGUAAAAUUCUUUAGUAAAGUGGCAGUUGCUCCGUUUUGCAGUUCAAGUAAACUUUUUGGGCAGAAUGUCUCUAAAACCGAGUGAAGAUGUAGUACGAAAUUUAACAUCCAAUGUAACUGUUCCUCUUAUUUUUCGAAAUUUUGUAAACAAUUGGGCUAUAUGUCAGUGGAAUCUAGAGAAAUGGAUUCAAGUUUUUGGAGAUAAAGAGUUGCCGUUUCGAUGUAUGAGGAAGGACUUUAUAUCAGACGAACCUUGUUGGGAAAGAAAAUGCACGAUGAAGAAAAUGACUUUUAAGGCUUUUGUUGACAACUUAGCAAAUAGUUCUGAGUGGAUGUAUUUCGACUAUAAAUAUCUGCAUCAGUGGUUUGAUGGAGAUAGCGAAUUGUCAAAGGAACUAAACUGGAAGCAGUUUGGUUAUGAUAAGGGGCCUGCAGAUACAACCCUUUGGGUGGGUAGUGAUGGUUCGCACACUCCAGCACAUCAGGACACAUAUGGGUACAAUAUUAUAGCACAAGUCCACGGAAAAAAACAAUGGAUUCUGUUUCCUCCUGAAUCUGGAGGAUUGAAGCCAACUAGAGUUCCAUAUGAAGAAUCAAGUGUAUAUAGUGAAUUAAAUUUUUAUUGUCCCCAUAAUUUGGAGCCAUUUAAUGGUUUGACCGGUGGCCGUACUGUUGUACUUUCGGCUGGUGAUGCUCUUUUAGUUCCAAGAGGCUGGUGGCAUUAUGUUCAAAAUAUUGACCCUGUUAACAUUACCCUAAAUAUGUGGCUUCCCCAUGAAAGAGAUCCAUCAGCACAUGUAUCAGAGGCUCUUAUAAAAAUAUUUAUUGCCCAGAUGUGUAAGGAUUUGCCUCUCGAGACUGCUAAAAUGCUUGUCAAUCCAAAUGAGGAUGACAUAGUAGACACACCACUCGCAGUGCUGUUUCUUCAACUAGAAACUGUAGCGAACACAUAUAUGGAUAAAAGGAGACGGGUUAGACGCGUAAAAAGGCAGAAAACACGUGAGAGUGAUACAGAUUUACCAGAAACAGAGGAAUUUGAUCUCAAAGCGCUGGUCGAAAACCCGGAAAAUAAGUUGGAAAUCGCCUCAAACAUCUCCAAUACUGAGCUGAUUAAUAUGUUGAAGGGGAAUCUCAAAAAGUAUGCGAAUACAGAGAGAGUGUUGGAUGAUGAUGAAAUAGACGGUGCUACCAGUAGUCUUUGUUUGACGAAGGCAGUGAUUGACGCUUUCAGUCAAAAUAAUGUGAUUGAUCUUGUUAAACACAAUCUUUUGGCUAAGCUAAGCUAGUAGUUAGAUCAACGCUGGUUUUUUACCAUAGAUAUUUAAUUCUUGAAGUAUGGAGCACUUUCAACUUGCAAUAAUGUUAUUGUGAUAAGUACUAAGUACAUAAUAUAUAAGUAAGAUAUAGAAUAAUUUAAUAAAUAAAUACGGCAAAAAAUUA